CGCGGCCAGGCCGGAGCCCCCCGCGCUCGCCGCCCGGGCAGCUCCCUGCGGCCAUGGGGGCGUCCGCGCGGCUGCUGCGCGCGGUGAUCAUGGGGGCGCCGGGCUCGGGCAAGGGCACCGUGUCGUCGCGCAUCACCAAGCACUUCGCGCUGAAGCACCUCUCCAGCGGGGACCUGCUCCGAGACAACAUGCUUCGGGGCACAGAAAUUGGUGUGUUGGCCAAGACUUUCAUUGACCAAGGGAAGCUCAUCCCAGAUGAUGUCAUGACUCGGCUGGCCCUUCAUGAGCUGAGAAACCUCACCCAGUAUAGCUGGCUAGUGGAUGGUUUUCCAAGGACACUUCCACAGGCAGAAGCCCUGGAUAGAGCUUAUCAGGUAGACACAGUGAUUAAUCUGAACGUGCCCUUUGAGGUCAUUAAGCAGCGUCUCACUGCUCGCUGGAUUCAUCCAGCCAGCGGCCGAGUCUACAACAUCGAAUUCAACCCUCCCAAAGCUGUGGGCAUUGAUGACCUGACCGGGGAGCCUCUCAUUCAGCGUGAUGAUGACAAGCCAGAGACCGUUGUCAAGAGGCUGAAGGCUUAUGAAGUCCAAACACAGCCGGUCCUGGAAUAUUACCAGAAAAAGGGGGUAUUGGAAACCUUCUCUGGAACAGAAACCGACAAGAUCUGGCCCUAUGUCUAUGCUUUCCUACAAACAAAAGUUCCACAAAUAAACCAGAAAGCGUGAGUUACUCCAUGA